AUGGAUCCGCGCGUGGCCUGGAUCCAGCCGGAGCAGAAGGGGCCGGCCAAUGCCCUGUGGAUGCAGAUCUGGGAGACCUCGCAGGGCGUGGGCCGCGGCGGCGCGGGCUUCGCGUCCUACUUCUGCCUCAACUCGCCGGCGCUGGACACGGCGGCCGCGCCGGGGGCGGCCGGGCGGGGCGGCGGCCUGGGCCCCGCUCUGUCCGCCGCGUCGCCCCCGCCGCCGGCGCCCGGGCCCUCCGCUCUGCCCCCUGCACUGCUGACGGCGCUCGGGCCCGCGGCCGAGGGCGCGCGGCGCYUGCACAAGUCGCCGUCGCUGUCGUCCUCGUCCUCGUCCUCGUCCAACGCGGAGUCGGGCACCGAGAGCCCCGGCUGCUCCUCGUCGUCCUCCAGCAGCGCCUCGCUGGGCCGGGCGGGCGGCGGCCGCGGCGGCGCCUUCUUUGGCUUCGCCGACGGCGCGCCCAGCGCUCCCGGCGCGGCUAACGGGCACUCCGGGCCGCGCGGCCCCGCGCCCGCAGGCUCCCCACCGCAGCACCAGUUCCAUCCCGGCCGCCGGAAACGCGAGAACAAGGCCAGCACCUACGGCCUCAACUACCUGCUGUCGGGCAGCCGCGCGGCCGCGCUGAGCGGAGGGGGCGGCCCGGGGGCCCAGGCGCCGCGGCCCGGCACGCCGUGGAAGAGCCGCGCGUACAGCCCCGGCAUCCAGGGACUUCAUGAGGAAAUAAUUGACUUUUAUAACUUCAUGUCCCCUUGUCCUGAAGAAGCAGCCAUGAGAAGGGAGGUGGUGAAGCGGAUCGAAACUGUAGUCAAAGACCUCUGGCCAACGGCUGAUGUGCAGAUAUUUGGCAGCUUUAGCACAGGUCUCUACCUUCCAACAAGUGACAUAGAUCUGGUGGUCUUUGGAAAAUGGGAACGCCCUCCUUUACAGCUGUUGGAACAAGCCCUGCGGAAGCACAACGUGGCUGAGCCGUGUUCCAUCAAAGUCCUUGACAAAGCUACAGUACCGAUAAUAAAACUCACAGAUCAGGAGACUGAAGUUAAAGUCGACAUCAGCUUUAACAUGGAGACUGGUGUCCGGGCAGCAGAGUUCAUCAAGAAUUACAUGAAGAAGUAUUCUCUGCUGCCUUACUUGAUCUUAGUGUUGAAGCAGUUCCUCCUGCAGAGGGACCUGAAUGAAGUCUUCACAGGUGGAAUCAGCUCGUACAGCCUGAUUUUAAUGGCCAUCAGCUUUCUGCAGUUGCAUCCAAGAAUUGAUGCCCGGAGAGCUGAUGAAAACCUUGGAAUGCUUCUCGUAGAAUUUUUUGAACUCUACGGAAGAAAUUUUAAUUACUUGAAAACUGGUAUUAGAAUAAAAGAAGGAGGUGCCUAUAUCGCCAAAGAAGAGAUCAUGAAAGCCAUGACCAGCGGGUACAGACCAUCGAUGCUAUGUAUCGAGGACCCCCUGCUGCCUGGAAAUGAUGUUGGCCGGAGCUCCUACGGGGCCAUGCAGGUGAAACAGGUGUUUGACUACGCCUACAUUGUGCUCAGUCAUGCUGUGUCACCGCUCGCCAGGUCCUAUCCCAACAGGGACUCCGAAAGUACUCUAGGAAGAAUCAUCAAAGUGACUCAGGAAGUGAUCGACUACCGGAGGUGGAUCAAGGAGAAGUGGGGCAGCAGAGUCCAUGCAGCACCAGAUCUCGACAACAGGAUCAAGAUAAAGGAACGAGUCACUACGUGCAACGGGGAGCAGACUCAGAGCCGAGAGCCCGGGUCACCCUAUAGCCAGCGCCUGACUUUGUCCCUGUCUAGUCCCCAGCUCCUCUCUUCAGGCUCCUCUGCUUCCUCUGUGUCUUCACUUUCUGGAAGUGACAUUGAYUCCGACACACCACCCUGUACCACACCCAGCGUUUACCAGUUCAGCCUGCAGGCGCCAGCAGCUCUGAUGGCCAGCCUACCCGCUGCCUUGCCAGUGCCCAGUGGCAAGCCUCAGUCCACUCCCUCCAGAGCACUGAUCAUGACAACCAACAGUCAGACCAGGUUCACUAUCCCUCCGCCGACCCUUGGGGUUGCUCCUGUUCCUUGCAGACAGGCAGGUGUUGAAGGAACUGUGUCCUUGAAAGCCGUCCACCACGUGUCUUCCCCAGCCAUUCCCUCGGCGUCCCCCAACCCACUGUCGAGUCCUCACCUGUAUCACAAGCAGCACAACGGAAUGAAACUGUCCAUGAAAGGCUCCCACAGCCAUGCCCAAGGUGGUGGCUACAGCUCUGUGGGCAGCGGAGGCGUGCGGCCCCCUGUGGGCAACCGGGGACACCACCAGUAUAACCGCACCGGCUGGAGGAGGAAAAAGCAUGCGCACACCAGGGACAGCCUGCCCGUGAGUCUCAGCAGAUAAUGGCUCCUGGCUGUGCGCCCACCCCCAGACUGCCCAGUGGCCUCGGCACCACGGGGAGCCGAGACCAACAACUAGCACCUGCGACGUGGCUGCCCAGCACCCGGCUGAUCACUCUGCAUGUCUUUGUGUGGUGGUCGCGCCCAUUUUAAAGAACAGCCCCUGUGGCGCCCACGGARCCUCACCAGAAAGGGGUGCACCGCGCCUUCCAGGAGCCCCCGCCCAGCCCAGCAGCGCCGGCUCAGGACCGCUGGGAUGCGGGCCACUCUCGUGUCUGCAGUAGCCGUGUGGGUCCUUUGCGGGUGGGGUUUUCGUUUCCUGUCGUCAGCCGAGAGCCGCCGUCCGUCUUCCCCAGCGUGCAGGGCUGGAGGCCGUGUUUUACUGCCCUCAAGUUUUGUUUGAAACUUCAGAACUGUUUUUCUAUGUAAAUAUUGAAAACUUAUGAUUUGUGCAAUAACUCAAAUAUUUUUUAUUUAAUUUCAUAUUUUCACAUAAGUUAUAUUUAAGGGAAGAGGGAAUUUUUUUAAACAAGCUUAGAUCCUUUCCCAAGUUACAUUUUCUAAGUUGGGUUCAUCGUGUUGGCUGGUUGUCUGAUGAGCAUCAUUACGAACACCACAGAGGGUUUGGAGUUUUACUUUUACGUCUUUCUCUUGGUCAGGUGCAGGGAAACCGCCUCUGAGCAGCACCCCAGGGGCCCUUCCUCAAGCCCCAGGUGCUGCCUGCUCUGACCAGGAGUUCUAACAUUUUUGCUUUUGGUUCUUUUAAACUAGACAACAAACCCAGCAUUUAAAGUGCCAGAAGUAUAACUUUCUAAGGAGUGAAAAGGUUGUCACAUUAUAAAAUCUUARAUGUGAACGUGGGAAGCGUCAGUCAGUUUUAGUGGCAUGGCCUGUAAUGGUGGGUUGAUGGAUAUCAUUACAGACAAUGGCACCCAGUUUUAGGAAUGUGGAGAAAGGAAUUCCGUUGAUUCCGUGGAGGAAUCUGCAUAGCAGUAUGCAUUCGUUCUGUUAAGAGCAAAUACCUGAGAAGCACCUGCGCUGCCAGCGCGCCAGGGGAGCACCUAACGUAUCACAGGAGAGCACAGCCAGGGUGGCCGGGCGGCUGGGGCYGCUGUCAGAAGCAUACAGGUAUACUAUGCAAGUGUAUUCUGCCACAACCACUGUCUUUGUUACCUUUUUUUGAACAAGAUUAUAUCCAUUCUGCCUGACCCUGAGUUUUGGGAGCACCACAGUUGUCCUGGGAGUUGGUUUGUGUCCUGUAGGCCCUCUGACUUCCUGUUUUUAAAAUGGGUUCUGGCCCUGCUAAAUAAACACUAAGGUAGAUUGGUCUUUGAAGCCCACUAGUGGAGAGUGUCAAGGAAAGAAGCUAACGGCCAUGACAUCUGAUCGAUACCCGGUGGUGGGGAGUUCUAGACUGAUGUCUGACCGCAGUGACACCCGACGAGGACCAGCUCCACGGGUCAGGGUCUGCCUCUGAAGCAGGACCGGCCCUGUCGUCAGUGCUGCCGCCUGCUGCUGCUGCGGUGUCCAGGAAGCCUUCCAGAGCAGCAGCUCCUGAUCAGCAGCUCGUGAUCURCAGCUCGUGACGAUCGGAAUCACCCAGAAUAUUUAAAAAUAUUUAAAUUGUGAACCUAUUGAUAGAGAAUAUUUAUAAACACUGAUCUAUAGGCCUGUACUAAUCUCUACGCGUUAGCAAUACUGACUGUAAGCCUACAUUAAGGAAACCAUUGUGGGGACAGUGAGUGUCCCGUAGGUGCGUGUUUUAAAGCUCCAUUCGGAGACACAGGUACCAUGUCCGUUCCCGUCAUGGUGAACCAAAUGAAUUGGUCUGGCUGCCACUGUGGUCACGUGCUGCAGGUUAACAAAAAGAUAUCAUGUUUUGAUUUUCUUUUGUGUGUGGACAACAAUG